CGGAGCCGGGAGCGCCCCGCCGGCGGCAGGGCCCUGCCCGGGGCUGCAGGAAAAGCACGUCCUUCAGAAAUGUACAAGAUUUGCACAGACCCUAACAUGGAAAAUGAUAAUACAGAGCACAUCAAAGGGAAGCGACUGUCCUCUAUUUUAAAGGCUCCACGAAAUCCUCUUGAUGAUCUGGGAAAUGGGAAUGAAUUGACACAGGACAUCAAUGUAGAAAGACGUAGGAAGAACUCUCGCCGUGUCAGCUUUGCAAACACCAUCAACUGCAGAGUCUUCGAGUCAGAUCUUAAGAAUAACACAGCAGAGAGAGAAAGUACAGAGUGUGCAGCAGAUACGAGGAAUGAUGUGCUGCUUAAUCAAAAUGAAGAACCUGAAGCUGUUCCGUGUGAGAUCACUGGGAUGGACACUUUGCUUCAUGCCCCUAUCCAGGCAUUGGUGCAGCAGACUGAGUGGCACGAUGUGGACAGCACCAUUCAAAGAACAGAUCGGCCUGACACCACCCUCAUCUUUUCGGAGGAAAAUGAAAUGGAUAUGACAGCCAGUCACACUGCAGUGAUUGCACGUAACCUGAAAAACAAUCAAGAUGACAAAACUGAGAAAAUAGAUAUCACAUCGUUUCUGGCUGGGUUAAACUCUAGUAAUGGAAAGGCAGAAACAAGCAAAGAAUUUGGUUUAUUCUCCGACCAUACAAACCAUUCGUGCCCAUCCUUUGAACAGAAGGAAGAUGUGACUACUGUAAAAAAAAUAAAUUUCAACGAAUUUUUGAUGAGCUUGAAGUCAAAUGAAAAGGCCCCCGAUCCUAUUGGGGGACCUGAAAAAGAGAAUGUUUUCUUUGUCCCAUCGCAAGUCUCAGAAGACACGGCACGAGCAUCAGGGGAAUUGGGACAUUCCAGUGAGCCCUCGGACACCUGCAAUGUCACAAAAUUCUUCAGAGGACAAGAGGAUGGAAUGGAAAUGACAAAAUGCCAGGGAUCCGAUGUCAAAGCUGUGUUUUCUGGUGGCUGUGAAGCUCCACCAGAGCAGUUUCUGUGUGGGGACGUUACCGAGGCGUUCGUGGACGAUGGAAUGGAUAUGACCACCAGUCACACCGCAAAAAUGUCUUUUCCCUUCUCCAGCGUUGGGAAUCAAAGUCUGAACUUCAACAAGGAUUUCCCAUCCGCCGAGUUAGAUAAUGCAAAAAUAAAGAGGGCAGCUAAUCAGUACUUAAUUGUUCAGCAGGACCCUCAGCUUUGUACAGACAAAAAACCAGGAACUGUUGAAGACAGAGGAGACCCUGCAAUGCUGCGAACUGUUAAACAAGAGCCCAGAAGAAUGUCUGCCAUCCCGGGAUCCAUUUCUUCUGAGACUGUCUUCCGAGGUGAUAAAACUGUUGUUUUUUCUAAAUGUGAUGACAUGGAAAUUACUGGGAAUUAUACAGAUGUCAUCUAUAGUGACAGCACCAAAGAAACAAACAGUUCGCAUCAUAAAGCUUUUGAAAAGCCAGUUCUUACAAACCCUUCUCUAACAGAAAACAGACACCCAGCACACGGUGACAGGGACAUUACAAAGAGUUUAACACCUUUAGAUAAUCGAGCUUCUGUGUCGUACAAAAAUAGUGCACUUGAGCUAUCUGUGGGCUCAGAUGAACGGAUGGAAAGGGUGACCCAAGACCAGAGGAGUGCUUCAGUGGGUGUGGGUUGGGAUUCACACACCAGUUCAGUGUCUGCUGGUGCUUCUAAGAGCAGACUUCAGCACAGACCACCAAACGCUCCGCAUGUUUCCCGGCCAGGUGAGAAGACGGUGCUAUUCUCAGGAGAAGAUAUGGACUUGACUAAAACCUGUGUUCUCAAGGAUGAUGGAAAGAAUGUUGAAAACCACUCUGCUGCUGGAGUGUUCACCUCUGUCACCCACAAACCUCAUUUUCUCCAGAACAGAUCUACAUCUCUCAGUGUAAACGAGCAGGAAGAAAUGGAAAUAACUAAAUGCCACCCUGUUGUCAUUGAUGAUCAAAGCAAUGGGACGACUGCAGAAGCAAAACAAACGCAUUGUAAAAUGAUUCCAAGAAACAACCAGAAUAAAAAUGUCAGUGGAGGUGCAAAUUCUUUAGAUGUGGACAAGGAAAAUCUUGAGGUGAUGAGUUUCUCUGGGGAUAUGAAAAGAAGCCAGGCUAUAGAAAUGAACACCAGAGAUCUUGGGGUGACAAUGGUGGAUAAGAAGCUCAGAAAAGCAAACUUUCAGGCAAGCAGUCUGAGUUCCUGUGCAAAGAGCGUGCGUCCGUUGCAAGAGCAAAAGAGAGAAGUCCCUGAGAAUAUUGUCCCCGACACCUCUGCGGUUGUGUCUUUGCAAAGGCAAAAAGUUUCUACAUCACAGGCUUUGGGGAAAAGCCUAAAUGCUUCAGUUUCCUGCACAAAUGACAGAAUGGGUGUGUUUUCAGGUGAUCAAACCAUGGACAUCACCAAAAUGCAUCCAGAAUACAAGAAUAAUGAUAACCACAAUGAUGAAAUGGCCAGGCAGCUGCAAAGCCAGACCUUCCCGUUCCCUGGUGGAGAUACCACAAGUCAGACUCCAGCAACAGAACGUGGGGAUUUGAAAACGAACACAAAAAAGCAAACUGUUACUCCUUUGGCUCCAAGUGGUUCGUUUAUUUCCAGUAAUGAGCCCGCUCCCUCUGGAAUGAAAGGAAAUGAACAACUUGGAACAGCAUUAGGAAUAAACGCAGAUUGGCAAACCUCAGAGAGGCAAGAGAAGAGCCAUACUAUGAGGGUAGGAAACAAAGUAUUGCCAACUCAAGUUGGUUCUGAGAGAGAUUUUUCAGUUGGUAAAACAGUCUCUUCAGAAAAGGAUUUUAAAACGCCUCGCUCAGGUGCUGCCCUGCCCUUGAGGGGGGCUGAGAAGCCCCUUCAAGCCAACACCUCUGACCCGCGGAAGGGAAGUUCCCACUUGCCUUCAUUUUUAGAAAAGUCAGUUGUGUUUCCCUUGGGUGAAAACAUGGACUUGACUGGAAACUGUGCAGUGUUGGCCCCUGAUUACAACGUCGAUGCUGCUUUAUCAGAAAGAAAAGCAGUUCCUGGAUACCAGGUUCAAGAUGAAAAUAAAAGAACAUCCUUUAAAAAGGGGGCCGUGGUGACAAAUAGCCAGGAGCAGCCUGUGCGCGAUGUUUACAGCAGGAAAAUGUUAACCACAACUGGUUUAAAACAUCCGCCUUUUACAGGUGAGAAAACUACCAUCUUUUCAGAAGACGCUGACAUGGACAUCACCAGAAGUCAUACAGUUUCAGCAGACAAAAUAAUUUUGCAGCAUGGAAGUUCAAAUGAUGACAUAGCCUUAAUUUCUGGAGAUAAAACUCGGUUUUUUACCUACAACGAUGACAUGGAGAUAAGUAGACUCGAUACUGUUGUAAUUGAUAAAUCUAUGGAAAAGGUUGUGUCUCAAGGGAUGCUUAACAUGGGUAAAAGGGCUCGAAGGAAGAGCUUGAAGGGAACAGCAGGGGAAAAGACUGUUUUAUUUUCACUGAGUGAUGAGAAUAAUGACAUGGAGAUCACGGCGAGCCAUACAGCUGCAAUAGGCCAGGAAAUGGUCUCGCAAAACGAGGGAGGGCUUCGUUCUGUCUCCUCAGCUCAUCCUGUUAAAGCUGUUCCCUUCACAAGUAGCCAGGUUGACAUGGACAUCACCGAGUCUUGCUCUGCUGAUAAAAUCACUGCAAAAGGUGUGUGUGAUGCUAAACCAGGUGUGGCUCAGGAGGCUGGACAGCGAGCACUUUCCUCCAGCGAAGCUACGGUGUUUGCUGGGGAUGACAUGGACAUCACCAGAACCCACACUGCAGCUCUGGAGGAACACUCUCGGCCGGGCAGGAAACCCACACACUCCCUUCCUGGGACUGCCACCAUCAUGUUCACGAGUUUCCAGGCUGACAUGGAAAUGACCGAGUCUCACUCUGUUGAUCAAAAGGUUGAAAGAGUCUUUUCUGAGGGGAGAUUAAACCUGGCUCAGCAGGUUGAAACCACCUCCUGCCCAGGGAGCAAAACUGUCAUUUUUACUUUGGCUGAGGACAUGGAGAUCACCCAGACUCCCACAGCUGUGUUAAGUGCUGGAGUGGACGUACGGGACAAAGUGUCCAUUCCUGCCACUUCUGCAGUUCCUCCUGAUAAAACCAUUGUGUUUACCCACAACCAAGAUGAUAUGGAAAUAACUGCAUCCCAUACUAUUGCUGUUAACAACAAUAUUAAUGGAUUUGAGAACCAAGAAGUGCCACAUAAAAGCACUCGGCCACCAGCCUCACGUAGUGCGUUGUUGUCUUGCAGAGAUGAACCAGAUUCUCCGCAUACAAAAGACCUGAGCACUGACUGUCACACACAAUCUGAGGGUAAGGGCAGCCUUCCCUCUUCUGCUCCAUCAGCCCCAGCACUUCCCAGUGAGAAAGGAGCUCGCAAAAUCCCCACUGGCACAACACCAGAUCCUGCCCAUUCUGUGUCACUUCCAGAAGGGACUCUGGGUGUGCAGACACCACGGGAUCUCAACCUUCCCCCGGGUAAUUCCAUCCCCGAGAGCAGUCAGCAGGGGUUUGUACCGACAGAAAACCUGGAAUCAAAGAGAGUCUCUUUCAAGCUUCCGAGUAACGGGCCCACAGAUUGCAGUGAAGAAAGUGGGGGUUUGGUAUCUGGUGUUUCACGUCCCAUCCAGCAACCAGAUUCUUUGAAGCGUUCUCCAGAUGCACAUAGUACUCGGGGGAACAAAGUACUGAAAGGUGAUUCAUCUGAACGUGAAGAUUUAGGUACAGAUUCAGGCUCGGCUGGAGCAGGCCUUGGUCCAGCUCCUAACAAGAAACCAAAGGAAAAUGAGGGGCCGCCAACUGAGGGGGAGACGCCUCGGAAGGACUUUCAAAUAAACUCUGAACAAACUAAGCAGCUUUUGGUCAGUGACGGUCCAAGGGAUCCUGCUCUUGCACCUGACAUUUCGGGUAUUUUAAAUGUUUGUUCAAAACUGAAAAACAUUAGAAAGAAAUGCGCAGUUCUCUCUGCUUCUGAAACUGCUUUUCCUGACCAGUUGUCCAAAUCAAUUCAGCCAGAGGAUACCUUGAAGUUAGGAAAAAACACUGUAAAUGAACCAAAUGGUUUAUUUUAUAAUAAGGAGCAGGAAAACCCGGGUCUUGAAUCUGGAGCUGCCCCCAUAGAUGCAAAUUUCAGCAUGGCACUUACGGAUAAAUAUCAAGGACUAAAUGUCCCUCUGGGUAUCUUCCAGCCUAAAUUACCAAACAGAAGAAACCCUUCUGUUUCUAGUGUACAAAGCAUAAAUGCAAAAUCUGCAGACAAAGGAGAAGCACCGGUUCCAGAAGGAAGCGUAAAGACUGAAACCCCCGGUACCAGCACGUCCAGUCAGCAGAACUUCAGCCCUUCCCAGUUUAUAGCAGAGGAAUUUUUUCCCGUCUGCCUGGAAGAAAUGGAUUCCAGUGAAUCUGUGAGCUCCGAACUCGUGGAAAAUGCUUGCGAUGAGAUAAGCCAAAACCAAAUCUCCCCCAAUGAAGAGAAUCAAUCCGAAGAGACAAAAACUUGCAACAACACAAAAAGAGCCUUGGAAGAAGAUAAGGAGGAUCUUCAAAGUGCCAAGAAAGUCAAGAGGGAUGAAAAAUUGGAUGGCGAGGCCUCCCGGGAUUUGCAGGUUACCUUUGGGGCUGUGUCUCAAAGCCAAGCAGAAGUUCGGGGAGGUGAGGACCCUCCAAAUGUGUCAGCAAAAAGCCCUGACUGCACUCAUGCCAGCACCAGCAGCUCUCUGGACUCCGUGAAGCCUGACACAGAAUUCACAAUUCAGCGGAGCAGCCAGAUGGAGUCUCUGCUUCUCACAGACAGCAUCUGUGAAGACAACCUACGGGAGAAAUUCCAGAACGGCGUUAUCACGGUUGGGGAGUUUUUUACGCUUCUUCAAGUCCAUGUUCCCAUUCAGAAGCCCCGGCGCAGCCACGUCCCAGCCAACUGUGCAGUCAGCUCCCCACCCACCCCAGAAGACCUCCUUUACAGCCAGUACAUUUACCGCCCCAAGCUGCGGGUCUAUGAAGAGGAUUGCCAGGCCCUGUCUCAAAAGAUAGAUGAGUUAAAAGAGUAUGUAAAUCUCCAAGAUGAACUCCUGGUGAAUGUGAAUAAGGGUUUGUGGGAAGUCAUGAGAACCUGCUCUGAUGAAGAGCUGAAGAGCUUUGGAGCAGAAUUGAACAAGAUGAAAUCCUAUUUCACCAAGGAGAGCAAAAUCUUGGCUCACAAGGAGAAGGAGACGCUGUACAGCAAACUGCUGCAGAGCGCACAGGAACAACAUGAACAGCUACAGUCACGAAUGGAAAAGGUGGAUGAGUUGAUCAAGGAGGCUGAGAGCUGUCUUGUUGCUCUGGAAGCAGAUUCAGACUGGGAAGAAUGGGAAUCGGACUGCGAUGAUGAAACAGAAGGGAAAAACCUGGGGAAAGAAUUGAAAAGCCUGAAAGCCCAAGAAGAGGAACUUGAAAGGGAGCUGUUGGAUCUGGAGGCUGAGAAUGAGCAAAUGCUGGUUCAGAUGGAGCAGCUGAAGGAAACAGAGAAAAGCUGUCGGGAGCUCGUGGAGGCAUACGACUUCACCGAGUGGGAGAUCACCGAGUGGAGCGAACAGCAAGCGGUCUUCAGUUUUCUGUAUGAUGCUGUUGAACUCACAGUUGUGUUUGGACCCCCAAUAGAUGGUGAUGUUUUUGGGGAAGAUCCUUCCCGAACGAUAGUGAGCCUGAGCUUUGAAUCUCUCUUGGAUGAGGAAAAAGCUCCUCCCUCCUCAUGUUUAGUCCAAAGACUUAUCUUCCAGUUUAUUGAAAGUCAAGGAUGCUGGCAGGAGAAGUGUCCCACGCUGUGUUACUUGACCCAGGUUCUCCAUGACGUCUCUCUGGUGGUGAGUCGUUGCAAGGUCUUGGGAGAGGAGAUUGAAUUCCUGGAGAGAUGGGGUGGAAAAUUUAAUCUUCUGAAGACGGAGGUCAAUGACACAAAAGUGAAGCUUUUGUUCUCCUCUUCCACGGCCUUUGCCAAGUUUGAACUGACCCUGGAUCUAUCUCCCAACUACCCCUCUGCUCCCCUGCCCUGCACCGCCCGAAAGCUCAUUGGGAACCUGGGGGAGGAGGAAAUCUCCACUGUUCUCUCCCAAGUCCCCGUCGGUUACCAUUACCUGCGGAGGAUUGUCAGCUCCAUCCAUCAAAACCUGCUGCAGGAUCCCAGAUGAGUCACCAGAUCCCAGAUGAGUUUCCAGACCUCACGGGCAGGGACUGAAGAAACAGGACUGGAUGCUCCUGGAUUUUAGUCUCAUGAGAAUUCAAGGUGUCUCUCACCAGAAGAGGAGUGAUGGUAAUCUCUAAUGCCUUUAGAGAC